GUACCGCUGUUUCCCUCGGCUUCACCAUGAAUAUCAACGCACCGACGGGAACCUUUAUGGUGCUACCAGGCAUGCGAGCUUUGACCACUGACCCCGAUCACCCCGGAGAGCGCCGCCUGCGUGGCCUCGAGUGGAUGCCAAAUCGAGUCCGCAAUCUGGUGAUAGCAAUGAUUGGAGAGUUUGUUGGCACUUUCUUGUUCCUCUUCUUUGCCUUUGCUGGAACUCAAAUCGCCAAUGCCGCCCCAGUCACUCCUGGGGGUAAACCCAACACCUCGGUGCUACUCUACAUCAGUCUAUCGUUUGGAUUCUCGCUACUCGUGAACGCAUGGAUCUUCUUUCGGAUUAGCGGCGGCCUCUUCAACCCAGCAGUUACUUUGGGAUUGUGCCUAAUUGGCGCAGUGGGAUGGAUCAGGGGAGCUUUUUCCCUCAUCUCCCAGAUUGCUGGCGCCAUGGCUGCGGCAGGUGUCGCGUCUGCUCUUUUCCCUGGUCCUCUUGCCGUCAGAACCACCCUCACUGCAGGGACCUCAGUUGUGCGAGGCCUCUUCAUCGAAAUGUUCCUCACUGCCGAACUGGUCUUUUGCAUCUUCAUGCUAGCAGCAGAGAAGCACAAAGCAACUUUCCUCGCGCCAAUCGGUAUUGGAAUCUCCUUGUUUAUCGCCGAGCUAGCCGGCGUUUACUACACGGGCGGCUCUCUCAAUCCCGCCCGAUCUUUCGGUCCAGAUGUAGUCCUUCGCCACUUCGACGGCUACCAUUGGAUAUACUGGGUCGGGCCCUUCCUCGGCGCCCUCAUCGCCGUCAUCUUCUACCGCCUCGUCAAGGUACUCGAGUACGAAACCGCAAACCCCGGCCAGGACUUCAGUGACCAGGAGGCCGCCGAGUUCGACCCAGAUGACGAACCUGCCGACGUCGAAGACGUCCAACGCCCCGUCCCCAUGAAGAAGAACUACAGUGAGUCCAAGAAAAGAGGAUCGGGGGAAUCCAAGUACAGAGGCUCUGAAGAGAAGCCAAGACGACAGAGAUCCGCACACACGUCCCACAACUCCCAGUCCCACAACUCCCAAAACAACACUCAAGGGCAAAACUUUGGCUCACGCACAGGCCCCCAAGGCCGCGGCCGCGACGGCACCGACGAAGUCAGCCUCCCGCCGUCCCACGAUCGCUGCCGCCGGAACAACACCUCGCAGUCCUCUGGCCAGAGCCUGAAGCCGGAGAUGGUGGACAUCCCCGGCCGCCCCAGCAAGCCCCACACCCGCAACAACCGCGCCCGCAGCCUCGAAGAGCGCAACGCAGAUGCCUACGCCGCCGCCGCGCGCGCCGUCUACCCCCCGACUACCCCGACCAUGCACCUCCAUGGCGGCGACGCCACCUACUCGGAGCGCGACCGCGACUUCGCCCGCUACCAGUCGCGCGCGCAGGCGCGGCCGUACGCGCAUGGCCCGGAUGCGGAGAGCGGCAGCGCGGGGUACUCGGACGACACCACUGCGCCGUCCUGACGGUCUCGCGAGCCAGAGGAGGAGGAUGGUUGUGAGGGUGGGGUCAUGUACCAUCUCUGCGUCUGGCUGCCGCAUUGCUUGAUUAGGUCGUGGUUUUGUCCGUGAGAGGGGCAGUGGGGUAGGGAAAUUGUUUUGUGUGCGAAUUGCGCUUUGGGUGCUUGGGAAUUUUGGG